AUGUCGGUCGUGGAGGGCGUGCACCAGAAAAAGCUGGAAGAGAAAGACGACGAGAUUGGAGAGCUACAGACACAGCUUCGUAUGAAGGAGCGAGAGUUCUCUCAAACCGGAAGGGCAAGCAAGGAUGUCAUGAAUGUCCGCGUGGCAGCGCUUGCCAGUGAGCUUGCGCACAAGGAUCGCAAGAUUCGAGAGAUAGAAGCGGGAAGUAUGACCAAGGACAACACUAUCCAGCAAUUCGAGGCUGCGAAGAAUGAGAUGCAGCUGAAGUUACGCGGAGUGGUAAAAGCAGCGGAAACCAACCGCAAAGCCUGUGCUGAAGAGAGGAAGGCCAUGUCCGACAAUUCUUACCAGGCACAUCUCAAUCAUAAGUACUCGUUACAAGCACAAGCGGACGCAAUCGUGCGAUUGACGAGCGAUAAUCGUCGCCUCGAAUUGGAGAAGACUGUGCUGAGCAUGACCGCGUCACAGCACCAGCAGAGGGGCUUUUCAAGUCUUCGAGACACCGUCCUCCAUACAGUACAACAACACGACUCUGGAAAAGUAGGAGGCGUCGAUUCUGACAACAAGCUGGAUUUUGUUGAGAUGUUUCUUGGUGGAAGGCGACAGAGACACAAUAUUACGUGCAGGCAUGGACGCGGCGUACAAUUGGCUGCUGGAUCACUUGUACACCUUAAGAUUCCCAGAAGUAGGAGUUUCCAGCAUCUCGAGACGUGGACUAGUAGACUGGCAAAAGGAUGGUAG